UUUCCUCGCCGUCAACGUCUGAAAGCCGCGAGCACGCGUACCAGAUCUACAGCUUUCCCCACACGAGGGAAGCAGAGGAGCGGAGGGCCGCGACCGCCUGUACAGAGUGUCGGAGAGAUAGCCAAGUCGCGAAAAUGGAAAAGAACCUUUUGUCGCUGAGUCGCGACGCCAAGAAGCAUGGCCGACUCAGCUCAUUCUCCCGCCCCUCUCAGUCCGAAGCGUUUCUUUCUCGGCUUACCGACCGACGGAAGCUAGAAGGUCACGCAGGUUGUGUCAAUCGGCUGGCAUGGCACGAGGAAGGCCGCCUUCUCGCCUCUGUGAGCGACGACCGCCAGUGCCUCAUUUGGGACCUUCACUCCGAAAAAGAUUCCCCGACUACAAUCAUCAAUUCUGGUCACUCGCUGAAUAUAUUCGGCGUUGGUUUUCUGAGUGACACACAUGUCGCCACGGGAGCGAUGGACCGCGAGGUUCGCCUCUGUUCGAUUCGCGAAGGAAAUGCAAGCUUCGUUUGUUACUGCCAUUCCGGCAGAGUGAAACAUCUAGCGACGCUUCCUCACGGUUCCCAGAAUCUCUGGUGGACCGCUUCCGAGGACGGGACCGUUCGCCAGUAUGACAAGCGCGCUCUCCACUCCUGCACCCCUGGCGGAGUCCAAGCCUCCAAUAUCCUCAUCAGUCUGCAUCCGCGCGAGCGCCCUCGGGAUGCAAGGCCUUCCGUCCGGAUGACCUUCACCCCUCCUCGAAUCGCCUCUUCCUCUGCUUCAUCGUCUUCCUCUGCUUCAUCGUCUUCCUCUGCUUCAUUGUCUUCCUCUGCUUCAUUGUCUUCCUCUGCUUCUUCUGCCUCUUCUUCCUCUGCUUCAUCGUCUUAUUCUGCCUCUUCUGCCUCUUCUUCGUCUUUGUCUUCUUCCUCUCCCUCUUCAGUCGUUCUCGCAUUUCCAGAAACGAGGGAGAGAGGCCGUUUGUCGUCCUCUGUGUCCGUCCGGUUGCGGUUCCCGCUCGCCAGGACUAGGCGCGAGAGCGCGUCGCCUUCCUCGGGAUCCGACGCUUCGCCUGAAAGAGCGAGAAGAUGCCGGAGACCGCGCGACAGCGAGAUCCGCGCGAAUGUGGUGUGUGGCGCGAACCGAGGGAGAUAUGAAGCCGGAGAGGACGGUGGCUGGGGACUGUCGUUGUUGGAUAGAAGGAUGGAUCUUCGCGAUCACAGAUCCAUUCUCACCAAGGACAGACGACUGUUGCGCGAGGCGUACUAUGAGAUGCAGUUCGCCCGGAAAGGCGGCCCCCGUGGUGCGCCUCAGAUCAAGGCUGUUGCUAUCAAUCCGAUGCAGCCGGAGUACAUCGCUGUUGCGGCAAACGACCCUCUCAUUCGCGUCUACGACCGGCGCAUGCUGUCGUUGAGCAGUGACGGCCUAGGGAGGUCGGAGCCUGCCGAAGAUGACUUUGAGGAAAGAAGACGAAGGAGACAGGAUAUCCGACAUGUCAUGCCUUGCGACGUUUAUCUGCCUUCUACUCUCUGGGGGGUUCCGUUCGAGUUUGAUCCGCACUGGGAAAGACGGUUUUCGAGGCUUCUCACCGUCACACAUCUCAGUUGGUCGCCUGACGGGCGCCUCCUCGGCGCAACAUACAGCGGCGAGCAGGUUUAUGUAUUUCCUUUUCGUUCUUCCACCUCGACGCUCGCUUCUCGCUUACCGCCCUCCUACGAGUGGACCUGCGUACGAAGCGCCUCCGGCUCUCGCAGAAGAAGACGGAGACGAGAAGCGAGAUGCAGCGACGAUGCGAAUCGGCAGUCCUCCUCUUCGUCUUCUGCGUCCUCUUCUCUUGCUUCUGGCUCCUCGCCUCCGUCUUCUUCGUCUUCGUCUCCGUCUUCUUCGGCUGCGUUCUCCGGAGGCUCACGCGGCACACGGGCGGCUUCUCUCGCCUCCGUCUCGGCGACUACUCGCGAGCCUCUUCAAGGGCAGUUAAUCUCUGGCGACAUCUCUCGCACUCUCGUGGGCGCUGCGUCUUCGUCUCCGUCUUCUCGAGAGCCCGGCAUGCAAAGGGAGCGUCCUCCCGACAGAGGAGAGACACAUCCCUCCGCCCUGUCGUUCAGUCGAGCCGAGGCAGAGAGUGAAGGCGUGAGCGACAUGACUUCACCCGUUGGAGUCCCUGGGGCCUCUGUCGCAGGAGAUGGAAAAUACCAAGCUCGCGUCAAGUCUCGCUACGCCUCCGUCGGCUUCUUGCCGAAGGAGAACUGGGAGCAAGCUUCGCACUCUUCGACCCCCACUGAGAAGAUCAAGGAGAUGCAGGCACACGCCAACCAACUUCUGCGGGAUGCGAAGUACACACAAGCCAUUGUGGUUCUGACUCAAGCGCUGAACGAAGCGACGCAGGCAGAGUUGCGAGUCCCCUUGUUGUGCAACCGGGCUCUGGGCUUCAUCAAGAGGGCAGCCAGAGGCGACGGCCUCGCCGCAGAACUGGAUGCAAUCGAGGCUGCAUGCUUGGCGUCGGAGAAUCCGAAACCUCUCUACCGGCGAAUCCAGGCGCUGCGCCUUUCCCGCCGACCCAUUGCGGCCUUUCGGGUGGCUCGAAAUUGCGCGCGACGGUUUCCAGAAAUUCCUGAUUUUGCACGAGUCAUGAAAGAAAUCAGCAAGGAGCUGUGCCGCAGCCGUCGCGUUUCGCAGCUCUAUGGCGGCUCAGGGAUUCGACCUUUCCCAGGGUGUCUUUGCCCUUCGCCGCUCAACAGUCCGCGGUACUUUCGUCGUUCGCCUUCCACUGAGCGAGACAGCCGUGCGGCUGAGGCAACGGGCGAUGCGACGCAGAACCAGGAACGACGCGGCGAUGAGAGGAACUCAGAAACACGGACAGGUCCCGAUGAAGAGACGAGGGAAAUCAGCGCCUUGCCACCCACAACGUCGUCGUCUUGGUCCGCCUCAGCCUCUUGUUCUUCUGCUCCCUCGUCAUCCGCUCCUUCGUCGUUGCUGCACGAUGCUGCGACAGCACCUGCCAGCGACGAGGGCCAGACUGGAGACGCACGAUCGACUUCUUCAGCAGCUGUUGGCCGGAUGGACGGUGCGGAGUCACAGGAGCGCAGCGGAGGCGAGGAAGGAUCAAACUGCCGUUCUGGCGGAGAUACAGACAAACCCAAAGCCCUGUAUGAACCGUCACGUCCCAACCACGAAGAGAGGACUCAGGGUACAUCCCUUGCCUCUCCAGUGUCAGAAACAACGAACGACGAAGACACAGAUCGGAUGAAAGCUCGCGGACUCGACACUCGCUUCUCCGAGACAACCGUGAAGAGACCGCCUCUCCAGUCUGGUCUCAUGAUCUGUCUCGGGAGCAACAAUGGAGAUGACGUCUCUUGCAAGGAUCCUUCCAUGCACCAGACCCUCCGUCACUCACCGCCUUCUUCCUCUUCUUCUCCCUGCGCUCUCUCUGCUUCUUCUUCUCCUUGUUCUACCUCUACAUCUUCUCUUUGUUCCACCUCUGCCUCUACGUCUCCCUGCGCUACCUCAGCCUCGUCUUCUCCUUGUGGUACCUCCACCUCUUCUUCAUCCGCGACCUCUUCUUCUCUUUGUUCUACCUCUGCCUCAUCUUCAUGUUCUACGUCUGCAUCUGCUUCCUCUUCUUCUGCGUCGUCUUCUUCGCGUCCUUCCCCGACGCGCCCUUCGCCACCACCGUCCUCUUUGGAAUCGUGUUCGAAGAGCGAAAAGCGAGAUCUGCGGGUGAAGCAGUGCGAGAAGGACAUGGAAAGUUUGCUGUCGUUGGCAUUCGUUUAUCUGGAGCAUUCCGAGGAGGCGACGCGGCCUCUCUGGUUGCACCCAGCCGUCGGAUUUUCCUAUCGCUGUCGAAUUCCACGAUGGCAAGGCUGGCCGUCGCUUUCAUUCUUGAGGAGGCUGAUUCGCAGCAAAUGCCGUGCGUGGCUGAUGGAAAGGAAGGAGCAUCCGAGACGUAUCGAAGAAGGCGAGGAGGAAGAAGGCGACGAAGCGACAAGUGAGCUCGAGGCAUGGAAGGGAGAUGAAGAAAACAGAGAUCUCGGCAGCACAGGCAGGCGCUCGACAGGGCAUGGGGCAGGUCAGUUAGGUCGGAAGGAAGCCAGAGAGGCAAGCGGCGACUUCGAGAAUGUCGAAGACGAGUGCCAUGGAAACGAGAGGUCAGGAAUUGACAAAGCAGACAUGUUGAGGAGACAAGGACGAAACAAGCGCCAGGCGUCACGCUUCUCUCCUCAGGAUUCGCCACUCUCGGCAUCGUCCAACUGUGGAGCAACAGCGGGUGCAACCUCAACUGCAAGUGUCAACCUGAAGCAGCAAACGGCCGACAAAGAUGUCAAGCGAGAGCCCAGACCAAGCUCACACCGGAAGUCGAAACGCCUACGCAGUGGCUCUUCAUCUUCUUCUUUUUCGUCUUUCUCUUCUUCCACUUCUUCGUCUGCAUCGUCCUUCUCCUCGACAGCUUCUUCUUCGUCUACUUCUUUUUCCUCCUUUUCCUCUUCUUCGUCUUCAUCCUCUGCGUCUUCGUCGUCUGCGUCUUCAUCUGCCGCCUUUGAUAGAGGGUCAUUUACAGUUGCGCAGAAGCGGAAUGAAGGCGCUUCACACCCUGAAAACGCAGGGCCUGGCGGGGGCGUUCGCCGCCCCGCUGGAGCCUUCCUGGGACGGCGUUUCUCACGUUCCGCUCUGGACGCGCUUGACGAACCAGUGAGCUUCAGCGAGUCUUCGUCGGACGGCGAGAGCCGCUUCGACAUCGACGCCUACAACUCAGAUGUCGCCUUAGACGAGUACUGUCUCCUCUGCUCGACCGGCGAAGACGCGCAGAGCGGACCGGACGGUGGAUCAGACUCUUCUGAAGACUCCGACGCGCAGGCAGCCAACGCGCCGCAGAGACGCGAAGCCGCUGAGCGACGGCCUGGCCAGUCAGAAGGCGCGGAACCUGAGGCGGCGCUCACCGUUGUCGGCAGGUCAAGCGGAGUCGCAGACGCCGCAGCUGGAUCCCAAGCAGGGCGUUGCGGAGAGGAGCCAACCGCAGAAACAGAGCCUCGUGAGGAGACGCCAGAAACAGAGCCUCGUGAGGAGGAAACAAGGACAAGGGCUUGCGCGGAAGAGACAGCAGCGACAGGGCCUGGCGGAGAGGAGUUGAGUCCUGCAGAUCCUGAGGGGGACAUGAGAGCAGAACGCCGUGUCUCCAUGUCACAGGCUAUAAGAGAAAGACGGAGAGAACCAGGAAGAGAUGGAGGUGGAAGUCGCAGCAGUGAAUCAGACGGCAGCGCGGGAGGUGAAGCUGCAAGCUUGCGAGAUGAUGCACAGGACAGUCACGACAGCGAUGAUGAUCUUGAGGAAUUUGGAUCUUCAUCGUCAGACAGUUCGUGGCCGAGCUUUGGCGAAGAAGAAAACGUUUCCGACGCCCCGCGUCGUCGGUAUUUCUGGGAUGACAGCGACGAUGACGUCUGGCCGGACGUCGACUCCAUGCAUGAUGUCGGCGCCGCUCCCGGACCCUGGCGCCUUCCUUUUCGGACUGCACGCCAGGCUGAGCAAUAUAUCCUGAACGCCAACUGGAUGCCGACGCCUCAUAUCGGCCGGUUCGUCGGUCACUGCAACGCCGCUACGGACAUCAAGGAAGUUGCGUUUUGGGGGACCAACCACGUCCUGGCAGGCAGUGAUGAUGCCUCGGUUUUAGCAUGGCGAAUGUGUGAUGGCGAGGUUGUCAACAUUCUGCGAGGCCAUGAGAGUCACGUCAACUGCGUGGCGGUGCAUCCGCACGGCUCCUGCAUCGCGACUAGCGGCAUCGACGAUUUUAUCAAAAUCUGGACUCCUGAGGGGGACUCGCCGUUUGUUCUGGACGAGGCAGCGGAAAAGGUUCUGAGGUCGAAUCAGGAUUUGAUGGACGAGGAAAAUGCUGCGGCGCGAAGUCUCUUUACCACAUUUCGUCCGGGAAUCCUCCGGCAUUUGUUCGCAUCCAUGGAUCGACCCGGGGAAGGCGACCGGGAACCCGCUUGCAACAUCCAAUGA